AUGUCCGCGUUUCAUUACCUCGACCUAAGCGGAAGGCGGCGCUUGGGUGCCAUAGACCCCUAUGAAAGGUCAUAUCUAUCCGAUGAACCCAAGGAUACAGUGACAACCAUCAUAGCACCAGAAUAUACUUCCACUCCCAUGGUGCGAUCAUCUACCCUUUCAUUCUCGGACUCCUCUGUGUCUACUUUGUCGAGCGACUUGAAAUCCGAGGUCCAGCUUAUGUUAAGGGAGGACGGACAGUUUCGUUUUCAGCAGAAUCCUCAGGAGCUCUUACAGUCGGAUGGAGAAAAUGGAGAUGAUGAAUUUAGUGAUGGAACUGAUACCGACUCCUUUGGGUCUGUCGAUGAACAACAAGGUGGCGUAGAUAUCAGCCACCUAUCUACCCUGCCUAGCCCUGCUGAGGCACAUGUUGACCACCCAGUGGCUAAAAAAUGCCAUGACGAAAAUGAAUGGGGAGAUAAUGAUGAUGAUGAAGACGAAGAUGAUGAAGAUGAAGAGGGCGAGGAGGAUAACGAGGAUAAUGAGGAUGAGGAUGAGAAUGACGACGAGGAAGGAUUUGAGUCUGAUGCCUCUUAUUCUGACCAUGAAUGUUCCGUCAACGGCGACGAGGUGGUUGAAGAUCUAGGCCUUGAAGACGAAUUCUCUUUUAUAUCUUUCUCGCGCUCAGUUCACUUUGCGCCCACUCUCGAAACUGUGAUCCCUACCGAGACAUAUGAUUGGGAAAUGGAACCCCCUACCGAACCACUACCAGAAAUGACUCUUCAAGAGAAGAUCCAAAUUGCCCUGGCAGCAAAGGCAAAGUCCCUAGAUCCAGCAAGCUUCGCCCUAUAUGAGGAUUACGACGAUCCGGACGAGCAUUCCAGAGACCACCUUGACCUAGAUAAGCAGCUCUUAACCGCAUACAUCAAUGGUCUGCGUACCAUCUCAAACCAUGUCUGCAAGGUCGUACUGCGCUCCCGUACCCUUCCAAAGGAUUCAAAAGGGAUUGAAGGAGUAGAACCUGAUACAAAGAUAUAUGUCAACGAAUACCUCGACAGGAUCUCGCAGCUCCUUCAGAACUUCUUCCCUAACUUAGUUGACGAGGACAAGUUUGAUGAUAUCCUUGAGUCUACUACAACGGCGGUCUCCUUUGAUAAUGAGGACAAGGUGAUCUACCGUUCCGGGUUUACGGACGCCCGCAGACUUAUUCAAUCUGCAUUGGAAGAGACUCUCGAUGUGGAAGACAUGUACAUGGCCGAUGACGUGACUCGGUGGCUGGCCAGUGAACUCAUUGAGCCGCUCUGUCACCGGGCGAUGAGACUUGAUAAGUAUUGA